GCACAUAAUUUAUUACAUUCGAUUGCCUGCCAUCUUGGAUUUCGGAAGUGAAUUUUGUAGUAAAAACACGUCCCAAACCAAUGACAAUUUAGACAGUUCCUUGAAUCUUCCCAGUAAAAUAUACUCAAUGAAGAAAAAACCUCCAGGAUGCCUAAGGACCGCUAUGACUCUCAGAACAACCACAACAACCACCGGCGGCAGUACCGCAUCAUGUCCCCGGACGACGUGGUCUCGGGCAAGAAGCCCCACUGGGAGCAGUUGGAGAUUGUAGGCACCAUCCGCAACCUGAGCCCCAAUCUCUGGAGCCUGGGAUUCCUGACGGCGCUCUACCUCAACGACAACAACCUGACGCGAGUGCCGGCCGAGAUCUGCAAGCUGACCUCGCUCACGCACCUGGACCUAUCGGCGAAUAAACUGCGCAGCCUUCCCGUCGAGCUGGGUGACCUAGUCACGCUCAGGGAACUUUUACUGAACAACAACUACCUGCGCAACCUGCCAUUUGAGAUGGGUCGGCUGUUCCAGCUGCAGGUGUUAGGCCUGAAGGGGAAUCCUCUCAACCCUGAUAUGCUGGGUCUCUACAACGAGCACAACGGUGUACCCAGGUUACUGUCCUAUAUGCUGGACAACAUCAGUCCCCCAAAUACAAUGCCCCCAACGAGACCCUGGAUCCACAUAAAAGAUUCCGAUAGGUCGAGGCCAGCUGCAAUAUUCUCGGUGAUGAGCUACAAUGUCCUGUGCGACAAGUACGCCACCAAGCAGCUGUACGGCUACUGCCCGACCUGGGCCCUGACCUGGGACUACCGGCGCAAGGGCAUCAUGGAUGAGAUCCUGCACGCCAGUGCCGACCUCAUCUGCCUACAGGAGGUGGAGACGGACCAGUACUUCAACUUCUUCUACCCGUCGCUGCACAAGCACGGCUACGAUGGCGUCUUCAGCCCCAAGUCCCGGGCCAAGACCAUGUCCGAGCACGAGCGCAAGUACGUGGACGGCUGCGCCAUCUUCUACAGGACCAACAAGUUUGGUAUGGUCAAGGAACACCUUGUAGAGUUCAACCAGCUGGCGAUGGCCAACGCCGACGGUAAUGAAGACAUGUUGAACAGAGUCAUGACCAAGGAUAACAUCGGGCUGGCUGUCUUACUGGAAACGAGAGCAGGCAGCUACGAAGGCUCAGCGCCAGCCCCAGACAAUGCCAGGCAACUCAUGCUUGUAGCCAAUGUCCACAUCCACUGGGACCCCGAGUACAGCGACGUCAAGCUGAUCCAGACCAUCAUGUUCAUGAACGAGCUCAAGAAGAUUGUCGACGAGGAGUCCAUUAGCUUCCGGCCCGGCGGCACGCCUCGCUCUCAGGAAGCUUGCCCCAUUCCGCUGGUCCUGUGCGGGGAUCUCAACUCCUUGCCUGAUUCAGGUGUAUUGGAGUAUCUAGAGAAUGGCAAGGUCUCGGUCCACCAUGAGGACUUCAAGGAGAUCCAUUACAAGGCCCUACGCAACUUCUCCAGCAGCACUGAGUCCAACGGCCACAUCGCCCACCCGUUCUCCUUACGCCGGGCCUACCACAACCAGCCCUUGCAGUACACCAACUACACCUACGAUUUCAAAGGGGUCAUUGAUUACAUCUUCACCUCCCGUAACUUCAUGUCCACGCUGGGAGUGCUUGGGCCUGUCGAGCAGGAGUGGUUAGACCAGUCAAAGAUCGUUGGUUGUCCGCACACCAGCGUCCCGUCAGACCACUUCUCCUUGCUCACCGAGUUUGAGAUGCCUUACAACGCCCCAGGAACCAGCAGCAACAGCAGCAGUGCCCCAAGCACCAGUACCAGCGGCAAUUUCAACAUCAUCAGGCGGUAGUAUAUGAGCGGCAUCAGCGCGGGGCACAAAUGUGAAUAUUUUCUUCCGUUACAGGAAUUUUUUGGGUGCCAAUUUUCAAAAAGGCGCCGGUAAGCCCUGCCUCUGUUACCAACCGUCGUGACUUUUUAGGUGUAAUCUGAUUUGUACUUGUACAGGCAUGUAAAAAAAAUAAGAACUGAAAACCAGAAAACAGAGAAACUUACAUGGAUGAGACUAUUUUAAAAUGAAUUGGGGCCGGGUGUUGGCGAUGUAAUGCCUUUUUGGGCUAGGUAACUUUGAAGAUCUCUCUUGGUUGGUUAUUGUCUCUCUUCAUCUUGAGAAUGUAGUGUAAUCAGUGAUGAAGUUAUACUGAGUGCUCUCGGAGGCAACCGCCCCAAAAGUUGUCUCCAUCAGUGUCUUGAAUAAAGUUCUGUUAAGGCCACUUCUAAUUUGUGUGAAUUUUUAAAUCUAAGCAGAUUUGUUAGGGUAAAGGUAAUGCCUCAAUGAAACUUCAGUUGACAUCGCGAAACAGUUUGCUUUUGCUUUCAUGUGAAGUAUGAAAUGAUAGGUUAUUAUCCCGAACUCGCUGACUCUCUUUGCACAGCUUAAACGUUUUCCUCACACCCUGGUGACUCCAUAAUAAUACAGCAGCAGGCAAUUUUCUUGAUCAAAGUAGUGAAAACGAACCUCUGGCAUCCCAUUCUGUUGGAUUCAGCAGCAAGCAGUGUUGUUGGGUUCCAUAGGAUUCUGUAGGAUUCAGCAGGGUUGUUGGAGAACAUUUUAAAAUGCCUAGGGAUGAGGUGCACUUCAACAGCCGUUUCUUGGGUCUUUGCCUUUUCCGACAACUAAUGUUCUGUAAAAUGUGACAAUACCAAAGAAAGAUAUAAAAGUAUAAAGUCCUCUUUGAUGGAGCGAAACAUUUCCUUGCAUGACAGCGUCCCCUAGAGUCGAUCAGCACUCAGUAUAUUUCAUCGCAAUCUUUCGUUAUCUCCUCUCAAUUUUUAACGGCGUGAUUUUUUUCAUCCAUGGAAACUGAUAAUGGAAAAUAUUCUGUGUGUACAGUGUGUUGUGUUUUAUUACCUGUUUAGUGUUAGGUACACUUAAUGGUGGAUCAGUACUGUCUUUUUUCUUGAUUAGCUUUUGCUGAUUGUGGUCAAUUUGCUUGUGACAGUCAAAAUCUUGAAUUCUUUUUUUUUCAAGCGACAUGGUUUUUUUCUUCAUUGGUUUUUUUUUCAUGUUCAUCAGUUGGUGCUGUUUGUGUUAACGCCUUUGUGAAAUUGUAGUGGAAAUGUAUGAUUUUUUGUAAUUAUACCCAUGACUUGAGAUUGUUUUGCUAGACAUGUGGAAUAUUCAGCCUUCAACUUUCCAAUGAAAUACCAGGACACAUAUCAGGCAAAUUUUCCGAGCAACAGUUCGGUCAUACUGUUCACAAGUAUUUCUCUCCCCAGAUGUUAAUUGUUUUGAUGAAUUUUUAAAUUAUGAGAAAUCCUGCUUUCUUUAUUUUUUUUUUUUCGCCGUCAGUCCGCUACAUCCACUGAAAUUGUGGGGAAAAAUAUAAGUUGCUAGCAAAUCCUCUUAUACUGGCAUAGGAAAACAAAUGUAAAAUAAAGUAAGUGUACAAAAUACAUGUGUACAAUUAAGUGAAAGGAUUUGAUAAUGAUUAAAAACUUUGUGGUUUAGGGAGUUACUUUUUUUGGCCAAGAAUCUCGCGCUUCUUUUGCCAGUUCAGGGUAACAACACAAUAUCAAGUUUUCAAAUUAAGAAUAUAAUGUAUGAAUAUAAUAUUUUUUUCCCACUUCAGAAGUGAUUUUCUUUUUCAGAAAUUUCAUUUUUUUCAUCUUAAAUAAAUGGUGCUCAGAUUUGCUUUUGAGCCCCGAAUAUUUUAAUGUGAUAAAUUUUCCAGGCGAAGCCAAAUUUUUGAGUGAAGCACACUGAAAUUGAUAUUUUUUUUCCCAUUCAGUGAUUUAAUUGCUUUUGUAAAACAUAUCAUGUACAAUUUUUUUUCUCUAUUGUUUUCUCAAUUGAAUAGGACCCAAUUUGAGGGCGUCUUUAUAACAGUUUCUGAAGAAUGCACUUUUAUACACGACUGUACACAAGUAUAUAAUAUAAUUAAAGGCAAGAAAAUCAAAUUGAACAUGAAUUAAUUCUAAAAGUAAUUAAAGACAAACUUUAACUGUAGGAUUAAGUGUAGACGUCUUCAGUCUAUGUGUUCAAUUUCAUAAUUUUUGGGAGAAUUGGCUACACCACUUCAUUGAGAUACUGUACAUGAUUGUUUUUUAGUUUUGUGUAAGGGACCAAGUACAUAACGUUGUGUGCUUAUUGUUUUUAUAGUGCAUUGCUUAAUUUCUGUAAGAUUCAAAGCUAGGAAAAAUUGUACCAGGAUUACAUCAUUUUUUCCCUAAAUUUCUAAUUCCCUUCAUUAAGUUGUCAACCUUCUGGUUACCAGCACAAAAAAACCCCAAAGAUUUUGGGUUUGCAGAGAAAAAAAGGAUAAAAUAAUUUAGACACAUACCUUGAUAGUCUAAGACUUUAUCGCAGCAGUUUAUGUUCAAACCCUAUUUAAGAGAUAGCGCUGUAUGUGUUUGGAUUGGGCAUUAAGUGAGGUUUAAUAAUUGUCACCUAGAACGAAGGCUAAGAUUGCAUGUAAAUGAUUGGAUGAAUAGAGGUAUUUUGAACAAAGAAACACAACAAUUAAGCUUGGCUUGGGAAAAAGGAUUAAAUUUGUAGAUUUUCAUGGCCUAUGUACAUUACAUGUAGAUAUUGAACUGUCCAUAUGGGCCCGUUAAAUGCUUUUUUGCUGAACAGAAGGGGGAAUUCUGGAGCAGAAAAACAAACGGUUUCUACCAAAUGAAAUACCAGAAUUAAUUUUGAGGUCUCAAUUACAAAUUUCAGAAUAAUUUGUUCAGAUUUCCUUUUCUGAUAAGUCGCUACUCCUCAAUGGAAACUCUUGGGACUUAACUGGUAAAGAACGUAAGGAAUAUGCAUUUUCUGCCUCUCAGUUUGUGUGGGCAGAAAUUUUUAACUUUUUUUUUAUUUAUAAACUUCUGUGUGUUUGAUGUAGCAAUGUAGGCCUGUUUAGCAGUGGUAGCCUAUUUGUCAUAGUUACACUCCUAUGGUGGAUAGUGGAACAGUCCUGUUACGAUGAAAGCUUAAGCAUGUUCCAUUUGGCAAGGGGGUGUGAUAUAAGUAGUUAAUACUUCUAAGUGUACAGUCUAGUUGUACCCAAACACCCCUUUGCAUCAAAUGGAUCAAUCUUAGUUUUCCAUUGCAUUGAAGGAAAUGCUUUACACCUUUUUAACAAGAAUCUUUAUUGCUGUUGUGAGAAAAAAAUAAUUGUUUUGCUCGAUUUGCUUUAAUGUUAAUUUUUUGGGGUUUACCUGUCUUUUUCUCUACAACAUCAGUUUGAAAUAUUAAAAUGUAAACUAAUGACUAAACUACUACACUGCCAACGCCUUGUGAAUUCCCGAACAACUACCCAUGCUGUUCUGGAAACAUUUUUCGGAACUGUAACUUCUGUCAAAUUCAAUCGAGUAAGAGAAAUCCACUGCACUUGUAAAUAUAAUGUGUCAAAUCUGCACAGAGUUUUAUUUCCAACCGAAAAAGAGGGGCAGCUUUAUCAUCAUUUGUAGAAUUGCAAAAAAUAUUCCAGUAGGGUUCGUUUGCCAAGUAUCUAAGUGGCAUCUCGUCUAAUUUUAUUUAUUCCCAUGAAAACAAUAACAUGAAAUUUAUUUGCUCCUUAGUUUUAAGUAGAUUUAAUCACCACUGAUCUGUGUGAAAAUUAGCCCCUCAAUUUUGUGUAUAUAUUUCUUCCAAUGUCAAAUCUUGGUUCUGAGCACCGAAUGCAAAUAGUUGAAUCCCAUCAAAUUAAUUGUGAAUUUAAUGCCCAUGUUUUAACCUGCCCCUCUCUUGAGGUUCUACCCGGUCAAUCCCUCGAGGCAAAAUGGAAUGGGCCGAGGCUGUGCCUGCCCUUCUCAUUUUGCCCCUUGAGGUUGAUUGGUCGGAUUUCUCUGACUCGGGAAAAUAACGGCAGAAUUUUACAGAGCGGGUCAGCUGAAACUGAUAGCUGUACAGUUUUGAUAUGUUGAUAUCUGAGUGUGUCAUUGAAGUCGCAAUUUACCUGGGUGGAGACAUAAACGGUGUGAUUUUUAAUAUGUAAAGAAUUAAAUGUAAAUUUGAAAGAGACACACCGUUUAUCUUCUGUGAUGAUGUAUCUGAUUUUUUAACAAGAAAAGAAAAAAAAAGAGAAAAAGAAAAGCUGUUACUUUUGACGGCUUCCUAACGUGUCAAGACUUUUUGUAACUUUUGCCAAAUAUAUUAGGAAAUGACACAGUAUUGUGGAACAGCAUGGGUUUCAAACAUUGUUCUGUUUUUAUGUCUGUCAUAAGGCGGUGGUAGCCAUGGUAACCUUCUAGCAGUCGUAAUACUUGGGACAAAUCUCAGGAGUGACAACAAUAAAUGUUACAAAAACUUUUAAAACAAAGCAAACUA